AGCGAUCAUGGGUUCUUCUUCUAGAAAUCUCUAUGCAGGAAUUGGAGAAGGUCAAUCAACUUCUAGGCCACCACUCUUUGACGGCACCAACUAUUCCUAUUGGAAGGAACGGAUAAGAAUCUAUAUCCGUUCCACCAACUUCCAAUUAUGGUUGGUCAUCAAAAAUGGAGAGGAAAUCCCGAUGAAGAAAGUUGACGACAAGUUGAUCCCCAAGAUCGAAGAUGAGUUUGAUGCCGAGGACAUCAAGAAGAUUGAGAAUUAUGCAAAGGCCAUCAAUAUGUUAUAUUGUGCGGUCAACCCCGAUGACUACCGGAAAAUCUCCUGCUGCACAACCGCUAAGGAGAUGUGGGACAAGCUUGAAGUGACGUACGAAGGUACUGAUAAAGUUCGUGAAGCAAAGAUCGAUUUUCUCACCCAAGAGUACGAAAUGUUCCGAAUGAGAGAAGGUGAGAAAAUUGAUGACAUGUUCGACCGGUUCUCAAAGAUCAUCAACGACCUUCAUGCUCUCAAAAACACUUACGCCAACAAGGAUCUCGUGAGGAAAAUCCUGCGGAGUCUCACAUCCGAAUGGAGGUCAAAAGUCAAUGCAAUCUACGAGUCCAUCGGAGUCUCCAAUGUCACCAUCGACGGGCUAAGAGGUAACCUCAAAACUUAUGAAUCUACUAUUCUAACACCGUCUUUGGAUGAACAAAAGAAUAAAGGAAUAACGCUCAAAGCAACCAAGGAGACCGUAGAGGAGGUUUCAAGCGAUGAUGACAACGAAUUUGGACUUGUCAUCAAGAAGUUCCACAAGUUCAUGAAGAAGGAAUUUGAGCGGAAGGGAAGGAAGCACGACGGUCCUCCCAAGUGCUACGCCUGUGGCGAGAUUGGCCACAUCAAGCCAAGGUGUCCAAAAGUGAAACACGGCAAGGAUAAUCCCGGCUUCAAGAAGCAAAGGGCUUACAUCUCUUGGGGUGGCGAUUCCGGCGACGAAUCAACCGACCAAGAGGAGGACGAAGCUGCAAAUCUCUGCCUCAUGGCGCACGAAGAUCAAAACGACGACGUCCAAGAGGUAUGUACCAUUUCUUCCGACUCCUAUACUUUUGAAGAAAUGCAAGAAGCACUUCAUGAACUUUAUGAGGAAUUUGUUAGCGCUUCUAAAACAAAUAAAUCUUUGAAGAAACGUCUUUCCUCACUUGAAAACGAUUUUGAAAAAUUGGAAAAAGAAAAUGAAAUANCAAGGAUAAGCCCGGCUUCAAGAAGCAAAGGGCUUACAUCUCUUGGGGUGGCGAUUCCGGCGACGAAUCAACCGACCAAGAGGAGGACGAAGCUGCAAAUCUCUGCCUCAUGGCGCACGAAGAUCAAAACGACGACGUCCAAGAGCGGAUGCUCCAAGAACAUGACCGGGGAUGCAUCCAAGUUUCUCCAAAUCAAACCCGCUAAAGGAGGAAACGUAGUUUUUGGAGAUAAUAGCAAGGGAAAGAUCAUCGGCGUUGGUUCAGUAGGUAAAUCUGUAAAUUCCUCUAUAGAUAAUGUCUUGCUUGUUAAAGAUAAUGCUCGCUUCGCGAGAAAGGCUAUUUGUGAUGAUCUUGCAGAUUCACUCGAAAGAUUACACGUUGAAGACGAUGAAGAAGACACGCCAUUAUACACCAACCCGCAACCACAACCUGAGGAAACACCUCAAGUGAUGGUCGAAAAUGAGGACCAAGCGGACGAAGAAGAGGAAGCCCAGGAACAAGAGGAAACCGAGCUUCCCAUCGCUUGGAGAGCGCACAAGAACCAUCCACUUGACCAGGUUGUUUAAGCUCAAAAACAAUUCUUGAUUUAUUGAAAAUAUGUUGUGUUCAUCUAUGUGAAUAGAAAAAACGUCAUUGGUUUGAGAAGUUCAUGGAAAUAUGUGAAAUAUGCUCUUCAUUAGGAGAAAAAGUUUAUUAAAAUGCAUAAGGUAUUGGCGAUUUGUGAAUAGAUUAUGUAUGAGAGUUGAAUGCAUAAUAGAUUCUCUCUUUUAUAAACUUUUUCCCUAGUGGAAGUAUGUUUUCAUGCUUGAAUAAAGAGUUGGGGUUCUA